CUACAGGGUUCUUGGCGAAUGGAAUGGAUGACACAGCGGAAGAGUUAUUUUAGAACCAUAUCUGCUCCCAAAGGUCCAAACCCGCCCCAGUCACAACAAACCGGAGAGCGCGCCCAAGAGUGGCACGCCAAUAAAGAGCCCCUCCGGUCCGGUUCGGUUCGGCGGCGAUGGCCCACCACGCCAACAUCUCGGUGACCGAGAGCCAGUUUCGAUGCCCCAUCUGCCUGGACGUCCUCCAGGACCCGGUGUCCAUCCCGUGCGGACACACCUACUGCAUGGCCUGCAUCAACGGCUACUGGGACCAGGCCGAGCCGCCGGCGCACUUCAGCUGCCCGCAGUGCCGCGAGGCGUUCAGCCCUCGGCCGGUGCUCCGCCGCAACACCGUCCUGGCCGAGGUGGUGGCCAAGCUCAAGCCGAGAGAAGCCUUCGCGUCGGAGCUCCACGCGCCGGAGCUCUACGUGGGCGCCGCGGGCCAGGUGCCUUGCGACUUCUGCCCGCCGGAGAGCAAGCUGGCGGCGACCAAGUCGUGCCUGGUGUGCCUGGCCUCCUUCUGCGAGGCUCACGUGCUGCCACACCGGGAGGUGGGAACCUUGCGGCGGCACAAGCUGGUGGCCGCCGUGGAGUGUCCCGCCGAGCGGCUGUGCGCGCAGCAUCGCCUCGGACUGCAGCCGCGAACCGGGGGCGACGCGCCGGAGGGGGCCGAGGUGGAGUGGAGCGGAGACUGCCUGCUGUGUGAGGCGGACUGGAAGGAGGUGCACCCCGGCGAGGCGCAGAGGGCUCGGAGACAGGUUCAGCUUCAGGAGUCCCAGAGGACAGUUCAGGGCAAAAUCCGAAGUUGUGAGCGUGAGCUGGAGGAGUUUGAGCAGAGUUUGGAGUCCCUCAAGGUGUCAGCCUUGGCUGUUUUGGAGGACAGUGAGGCAGUUUUUGCCGACAUGGCGAUACGACUGGAGAAGACCAAGGCAGAGGUCCGAGCACGUCUGGAAGCUCGAGAGCGAGCUUUGGUCAGUCGUGCCGAGCGGGAUGCCGAAACUCUGGGGAAAGAUCUGGAUGAGCUGAGGAGGCGAGACCGGGAGAUUGAAAGACUUCUUCAGAUGGAGGACAACGAACAGUUUCUUCAGGCAGCGCCGAUGCUCUGCCUUCCCGUCCCAGCCGCUGCCCGACCCUCGGUCACGUCCAGCCCCACCGCCGAGGCUUUCAGUGGGGCAAGGAGGGCCCUGGGGCGUCUACGCAGCCGCCUGGAGGACGUCUGCCGAGAGGAGGUGGAGUCCAUCAACAGGGCCGUUAAUGAGAACAACGUGGCACUUGGUGGGUGUGUUAAAGGUGUUGUAAACGCAACUGCAGAGAACUUCAAGCCUCCACAUUCACCCCGAGACUCACAACAAGACUCCCAGGUGUUCGUGUCGUCGUUCUCUCUGUCCUCGUUGCCACUACAGCCAGCCGACCAAAGGAUGAGGGCUGUCUUCCUCAGGUUCUCCUGUCAUCUGUCCUUGGACCCGGACACGGCCCACCCCACACUGGUCCUGUUUGACAGGAACCAGGGUGCCCACUGCGGUGAAGAGCUUCAGUUGUACCCGACUCACCCUCAGCGCUUCGACUCUGUGGCUCAGGUCCUGUGCCGCGAGGGCCAGUUUGGCGACGCCAGUUACUGGGAGGUAGAAUGGCGAGGCGGCGGGUGGAUCGACAUCGGUGCCACCUACAGACGGAUCGGACGUAAGGGCGGCGGAAAACCCUGCCUGCUGGGCCGCAAUGAGAACUCUUGGAGACUCCGCUGUACUCACACGGGUUACGCCGCCUGGCACGACAACCGCAAGACCACCGUGGCCGCGCCACCGUGCCCGCGCAUCGGCGUCUUCCUGGAGCGCCACAAGGGGGCGCUGUCCUUCUACAGCGUGUCUGACAGCGUGGUGCUGUUGCACACAUUCAGAUGUGCCGUCUCGCAGCCAAUCUUCCCGGCCUUCCGCCUGGACCUGGACUCCACUCUCCUCCUUUGUCCCCACGAGGCUCCUCCUCCGGGGCACUAAAUAGCGGAGAAGUUCUCAAGCUGGAAUAAUUAAUUUUUUAUUUUCCAAAAUACAGUGAACCCCCUAAAUAUUUGCAGUUUGGCAUUUCUUUACAAAAUUACUGCUUUGGCGCCAUCUGGUAGCAUUUUGUUGCCAAGCAACUAUUUUGGACUGAGGGGCAGGAGCUUCAUUUAACAUAGUCUAAUAGAAAAAAAAGUGCUUUGCCACCGUCCUAUGGAAUCUAUAGCCAAUUCAAAACUUUUUGUGGGUGAUCAUCAAUGACUCAUGGAUUUCAUUUUUUGCGGUAGGACUCAGAUCCUAUUUCCUGCAAAUAGCGAGUGUUCACACGAUGUAAAAACCCCAGACACAGGUCAAAGAAAUUCAUCGUCCAAGUACAGUGGAACCUCUGAAAUCCAACGCUCAGGUCAAUCAAAAAUACUGUAUGGCUAUUUUCCUCUGCUAUUUAUGUGACAAAAUUCUCAUACGAUUUCAACAUACUUACUUGAGAAAAUACACCUUUAUUAUUGUUUCAGAAAAAAUAUUACUUUACUCCCAUAAAUUAAGGUUAUUCUCACAACAUUACGGCUUGUUUUCUCAAAUUAAAAACAAAUUUUCUCUGCCUUAAUUCUCAUAAGGAUGAUGUUAUUUUCUUGUAAUAUUGUGAUUUUUUUUUUUUUUUGGGGGGAGGACACUUUUUUCCAAUAUUUUGACUUUUUAGGCCCGAAAAUACAAUUUAAAUUUUACAACACCCCUUCCCCAAAACAUAUUUUUUUCUUCUGAAAAACUCACUUUUUUUCCAGCAUAAAAUUCUAUUAAAUUUCUGUCUUUUCUAACAAUUUGGGAGUUUUAUAUCUCAAAGAUUACAAAUUUAAUCUCGGAUUUUGUUUAAUUUAUGUUUCUUUAAAAUAUCGUCUGUUUUGCUACAGUUUAGGCGCAAAACUUUAUUUCAUUACUUCCUACAGGAAGUUUUAUUUUAAAUGGAUUGUGAUGGACAUGAGAGGUUCCACUGGUUAAAAAAAAUUAAAACAAUAAAAUAAAACUCAUCAACAAGCUCAGGUACAUCUAACGCUGUGGACACUGAGAUCGUGUGAUUGAGUGUUGCCUUACAACCCGAAAACUGGAACUGAAAACAGUUUUUCAAGUCUUCAUAUGCAUGAUAAAAUAGACAAAUAUGCAAUUAUUACUUACAUACUAGUAGCAUCUCCAUUCACUAAUAACUCCAUGCUGUGCACCAUCAAAUGAGGUCCGCUGUGGGAGAUAUUAUGAAUAAUGGUCACUUUUGAAAGGUAUUAAAUGAACAAUGUGUCGAGUAUUGCGCUUGUAGUCUGCAGUGGCCCAAGUUAGCAACGCUUGAAACACCCCAUGAAGUGCAUUGCUGUAAAUGUACUAAACUGCCUUAUUUUUUUCUUUAUACUUAAGUGACCCUUUUCCCAUGUGCUGUCAAGUUUGCUGUAUGUAUCAAUGUCAUUGAAAGCUUAUAUUAAUAAUAAUAAUAAUAAGAAGAAGAAUAAAAAAAACCCAAA